UAUUAUAGAAUUUUGAUAUGACAUAUAAAAAUAGUAUUCUAGGUGUUCCUUGUUACCACUUUUUGUUAGAUUCUCUUGCAAGAAACUUUGCUCUUCAUUUUUAUUGUUUUGUUGUUCUUGUUUUCCCCUUCUUGUCAUUACUUCCAUGGAAAAAUUCAAGCUUAAAUGCAAAGGAAUUUUCUCUAGCAUAGGUUGUUUGAGACGUCGUGAAAAACCUCAAACUACUAUUUCGAUGGAUGAGGAAUGUAAUAAGGGAGAAAUAGUUGAAGACUUAAAAGCAGGGACUAAAAAUGAUGGCUCCUCAGAUUUUUGGAGUAGCAGCACAUUUGAAAAGGAUCAUAGUGCAGCUCAAUCGCAGCGAAGCGUAUCGUCGAGUGGAAUAACAAUGAUUAAUCUUUCUGAUCCUCAAACUAGUGCAAGCAGUACUCCUGAAUUUGUCAACCAAGGGCUUCUUUUGUGGAACCAGAUAAGGCAACAAUGGUCUGGAAAUAAAAGGUGUGAGAGUCAGACAGUAGUCAGAGAACCAAGAAUAAGUUCAAAUGCCACCUAUGAUGAUCUACUUGGGAACAACAAGCCUUUUCCUCAACCAAUUCCUCUAAGAGAAAUGAUUUAUUUUCUUGUUGAUAUUUGGGAGCAAGAGGGUUUAUAUGACUAAUCAACUAAAAUAGGCAUUUGUUCAUUCUCUUACUGCAUAACUGUGAAUGGUGUAACUCUUUGCAAGAUGUUACUGUUUUCUGUUUCUCAGCCUUCUUUUCUGGUUUUAUAUUAAUUAGAUUAGAUUAAUUGUAUAAUCAAGGUUUGAAGAAACUGUUCAUAACUCUAAAUGUGGCUGAAUAUUAAGAUUUUUUAUGUCUCUGCAACUAUAUCGUGACAUAAAUUGCAGACGCACCAACUGCACUUGCAGCAAUUUUCUGCAAUAUCGAGAAUUGUGACGUCAUCACAGCCGCAAUUUAAAACCUUGUGCAUAA